UUCUAAUUUCUAAUUCCCUCCAACAAAAUCCCCAAAUAUGCGACUCCCACGUCCGUCUCAGGCCGCCACCAUCCGCGUGUGUGUCUAUCAUCACCGCCACCCCAGAACCACCCCCGCUACCCCAAUUGCAUUAGAGAGUUCAACGGCGACUACGACGACUGCGGUGGAAUCGUCGACGGCGGCGGCGGUGGAUUCGUCGACGACGACGAGGAUCGUUGCGUCGAGGUCCUCCGUGAUCGAUUCGCUCCGUGGGUGCGGCCUGUCGGGGGUCCGAAUCGACAAGGAAGUGCUGAGGAAGAAGCUCGUCAUGCCGGAGUACCUCCGGCGGGCGGUGGUCGACGCGAUUAGGUCAAAAGACGCGGCGGAGGCCUGCGACCGCCACCACAACAGCGCCGAGCUGAAAGUCCCCGAGGACGCGCCGCAAUGCCCCAUGGUGGUCUUCAUCAAUUCGAAGAGCGGUGGCCGCCAUGGCCCUGUACUCAAGUAGCGGCUCCAGCAGUUAAUCAGCGAGGAACAGGUGAGGGCCCCUGUACAAACAUAAAACAAUACUCUUUAAACCUGUAUAUACUAGACUUCAUAUGAUGCUUCUUUUCGUUCAUAAAACUGACGAACAUUACCAAUCUUUAUCACUAUGCUAAAGGAGCAGAUUAUCUAUUCUUACCUGAAAUUUUAUCAUACUGGAAACCUUUUGAUUGAGUUGUCAUGUUCAGGCAUCUGCAACGUAGUAGUAGGAAGCUAUUUGUUUACUCUUACAUGGUCAUAAUGGCAAGACAUUAUUGAGUGUGUAGUGUUAGAGAGUGGUAUAAGAUCCACGAUUGAACCUCUCCCAACAACUCGAGUUAUUGGGAGCAACUGGUUCUUGACAUGGUAUCAGAGCCUAGAACCGAAAGGUCAUGUGUUCGAAUCUCCACGACCCCAAUAUUAACCGUUGUCUUUCAAGCACAUGGUAUGGUGGGCCUGUGCAAACUUCAAGCCCAUGGGUUGGCUUUCGUUUGAGGGGGCGUGUUAGAGAGUGGUAUAAGAUCCACGAUUGAACCUCUCCCAACAACUCGAGUUAUUGGGAGCAACUGGUUCUUGACAUGUAGGAGAAGGUGGCACCGAGUGGAAUCGCGCUUGAUUUCCCGGCGACUGAUGCUCCUUCGUCUGAAUCAACUGACAGGAGAAAUUCAUGGGAAUGUUUGCGUUAAAAUUAUUGAGUGAAAUAAUCACCGGCGAGAUCCUGUGUACCCUUAUGCUUCUUUAUUUGAUGCUAUCAGGAGGAAGCUGGCUCAGAGUUGGCUGGUUAGGGUAGUUCAUACAUAUCGGGAAGGGAAUAGAGUCGCGGACUAGCUCUCGAAGCACAGUCUCGUCUAUCCCUACAGUAUGCAUGAACUCUCUAACCCGCCAAGAGGUUUAUCUCAGAUCCUUAGAGAUGAUGUAAUGGGUGUUGCUUUGGAGAGCCAAGUUAGGGCGCCGGCAGCUCUGUAACUCCUCCCCCUCUUUUCUUGGCCUCGGCCUCCAUGAUUGCAAAAAAAAAAAAAAAAACACUAUCGCGUUGUCCCGUUAUACUAUUAUUAUACCUAAAAAAUUUUAAUAAUCCUAUCCGUUAAUG